AUGGCUGAAGAUAAAAGUUGUGAAAUAUUAGAUUUUGAAGGAUUUAUUCUCUAGAUUUUUUUGGGGAUUCUAUCAUUUUUGGUUCUUAUAUAUAAAAGACAUAAAGAAAGACCUAAGAGAUAAUGGAAAAUAUGGGCUUUAGAUACAUCAAAAUAAGGUGUUUCAGCAUUAUUAGCACAUAUGUUAAAUGUAAUUUUAGCAGUAGUGUUAAGUAGUGACUCUUCAAAUGAUCCUUGUACAUGGUUCUUUUUUUACAAAUAUUGA